AUGCAGGGCGCUUCCUGCGUCGGCCAGUGCGUGUCCGCAGAGCAGCCGCCUUCACGCCUCUUUUUAUUAGUUUGCAGGCUGAAAUCAUCGGUCAGCUUUCUUACUCGUCCAGAUCGACCAAAUCUUGCUUAUCAUAAACUAAAAGGCAGGAAUCCAGGGGUUAUUUUCCUUCCAGGCUUUAACUCAAAUAUGAAUGGUCUGAAAGCAACUGCCCUUGAAGAUUUCUGCAAGUCCCUAGGCCAUGCCUUCAUCAGAUUUGAUUAUACAGGAUGUGGAAGUUCAGAUGGUAAAUUUGAGGAGUGUACAAUUGGGAAGUGGAGAAAAGAUGUUCUGUCUAUACUGGAUGAACUUACAGAUGGACCACAGAUUCUGGUGGGCUCCAGCUUGGGUGGCUGGCUGAUGCUUCAUGCCGCAAUAGCGCGUCCAGAUAAAGUAGCUGCCCUGGUUGGAGUCGCUGUGGCAGCAGACCAUUUUGUAACGACUUUUAAGAAGCUUCCCAUUGAGGCGCAAAAAGAAAUAGAAGAAAAAGGUGAAUGGAAGCUUCCAACAAAGCAUAAUGAGGAAGGAUAUUACUCCUUGAAAUAUGACUUCAUCAGAGAAGCGGAAAACCACUGUGUGCUGAACAGUCCUAUUCCUAUAACAUGCCCCGUACGACUUAUUCAUGGCAUGAAGGAUGGUGACGUCCCUUGGCAGAUCUCUAUGCAAGUUGCUGAUCGUGUUUUGAGCAAAGAUGUGGAUGUUAUCCUCCGCAAAAUUGGCCAGCAUCGGAUGAGUGAGAAGGAGGAUACGAAGCUGCUUGUCAAUACUGUUGAUGAUUUAAUCGACAAGCUGGCAACUCUAGGAUGA